GCGCGGGGCGGGGAGUGCCCGGGCGGCCGUGGCGAAAGUGCGGCUGCGGACGCGCGGCGCGGGGCGGCGGCGGCCGGGCGGCGGGCACCAUGGGCCGCCUGCACUGCACGCAGGACCCGGUGCCCGAGGCCGUGGGCGGCGACAUGCAGCGGCUGAACCAGAUGGGCGCGCAGCAGUUCUCAGCGCUGACUGAAGUACUCUUCCACUUCCUCAUUGAGCCCAAAGAGGUGGAGCGGUUCCUGGCGCGGCUCUCCGAGUUUGCCACCACCUAUCAGAUGAGCCUUGGCCCCCUCAAAAGCAUCGUGAAAAGCCUCCUUCUGAUCCCCCACGGGGCCCUGAAGAGGAGUCUCGCAGCCGAGCAGGUCCGGGCUGACCUGCUCACUCUGGGUCUGAGUGAGGAGAAGGCUGUUCACUUUGCCGACAAGUGGAAGCAGACGGCCCCCAGGCUCGCACACUGGGCGGCAGGUCAGACUCUGAUGGUCAACCAGCUCAUCGACAUGGAGUGGAAGUUUGGAGUGGCCUCUGGGAGCAGUGAGCUGGAGAAAGUGGGGAGUAUAUUUUUACAGCUGAAGUUGGUGAUUAAGAAAGGAAAGGGAACUGAGAAUGUGUACAUCGAGCUCACCUUGCCUCAGUUCUACAGCUUCCUGCACGAGAUGGAGAGAGUGCGAGCCAGCAUGGGGUGUCUGGGCUGAUCCCCGGCCGCAGGCCCCUCUCCCACCCGCCCCAGCCUGCCCCUCGGGAGCCCUGCUA